CUGGGCAUUCACCGCUUCGACAUUACCCUCGAAGUACUUUCCGGCGCCAACAUGCAAAUCCGCAGCACCUUCAUCUCCUCCUCAAUUCUCAAGGCCAUCUCCAACGAUCACGACGAUGCCGACCGACCAAGCCUCCGAGUCAAGCUCCUCCGCACCCUAGUCUCUUUCUUCUCCUUCUUCAGUCUCCCCCUCGCCCGGUACCGCGCCGCCGACUUCCUCGAGCUUCGCCAUAAUGUCUGGCACCUCGACGAGCAAGAAUACGCGAACUCUUUCGUGCUCGCAAAGAAGGCCAAGAAGGGCAAGGGCCGCGACUCUGACCUGAAGCCCGUCGGCGACCUGGGCUACAGUGGCUCAACCUUCUUCACGACAGCCGAUGGCAAGUUCCUCAUCAAGUCACUGCCCCGUCGGUUCGAGCACGAGUUCUUCACGCACGACCUCUUCGACGCCUACGUCGCACAUAUGAAGAGCCAUCCACACAGCCUGCUGGUGCGAAUCACCGACAUGGUCUAUACCUCCCUUGCUACCCUCGGCGGGAUCCUCGGCACGGCACCGACCCACCACAUCAUCAUGGAGAACUUGCUCUACGGCAAGGACAUGGAGGAGACAGACUACAGGAAGCAGCAAUGGGAGACAUACGACCUGAAGCCCAACGACUACUUCUUCCCCGAGAGAGACAUCGCCGGCGGAAAGUUGGCCCCGGAAAGCGUCAAAGAAAGACUCAUCGACGAAUUCCCUGACAAGAUCCGCAUCUCGGCGAACCACAAGAAGGAGCUCCUUGACCUACUCGAAGCCGACACCAAAGUUCUCGCAGAAAACAAUGCCGUCGACUACUCCCUCUUUCUCGUCCGCUACCCCGGCCCUAACGUUACGGAUGACGACCGCGAGAACGCUCCCUAUAUCAAGUCCGAUGCGCACCCAUGGCGUACUGGUAUGGUCGACGCUGACGGCAACUGGAUAUACCGCGUCAUUGUUCUUGACUUCUUCUGGGCAAAGCACAAGUUUCAUGCCAAGGUCAUGACUGGCCUCGUCAACUCGUACAAUGCCGUCGCCGACCACGGACCCAUGAGCAUUACUGCCAACCCCGCCGAGUAUCAGGAGAGGUUCCUUGACAUGGUCAGGGACAUUGUCAUCGAGGUCUGA